CUGGCGCAACUUCGCUGGGAGACCGACGGCGAGCAGGCCUCGCGCAUCCGCCACCUGCAGGCGGCGCUGGACGUAGAGCGACAGCUCUUCCUCAAGUACGUCCUGGAGCACUUCCGCUGGCACCCGGUUUUGCCCGGCACCCCUGAUCCCCAGGCGGUGCCUUCUUCGGAAGAACCGCACCCCGAGACCGCCAGCGACUCUCACCGCCCCCCAAAGUCCCCCAAAGUUCGACACGAAUCCCUUGAUGGCCUGAGCGCCGGCGUUCGCGUGCGCUCCCGCUCCCUCGAAAUGGUGCCCGCAGCGUACUCCAACUCGCGUGACAACCUGCUCCCCACGCGCUCCGGCUCCCUCGAUUCCUUGGCACCAGCGCGUUCCCACUCGCUCGACAGCCUUCUGGGUCGUCCCAAGGCGCCCGAAUCCGAGGAGCGGGCUUCCUCGGCAGACACUUUCAUCCUGGGCUUCCUGAGUCCCCCGCCGCCGCCGACGCAAAAAAAGCUGUCACCACCGUCGCCGCCGCUGUCACCGCCACUACCACCAUCGCAGCCCAGGGGUCCUAGCGACCGGACAGGAGAAGACUCCAGGAGCCAGCCCUGUGAGGCCCUGGCCCUCUCGCCGCUGAGCCUGGAUUACCAAGAGCUUGUGAAGCAGAACUCGGAACUGUCCCAGGCGUUGCAGGUGCUGGCGCGCCGCUGCUCGGACCUGCUGGACGAGAACAUGCAACUGCGGCGCACGGGUUUCCCAGACCAGGCGGACGAGAAGGUGAAGCGGCUCAAGGUGAAGCACGCAGAGCUAACAGGCCUGGCCCGCCGCCUAGAGGACCGGGCCCGCAAACUGCAAGAAACCAACCUGCGGACUCUGAGCGCUCCAGUGCCUGGGGAGAGCCGCGUGGGCCUGGAGCUGUGCCAGGCCUUCGCCCGCCAGCGCGCCCGGGACUUGUCGGAGCAGGCGAGCGCGCUGCUGGCUAAGGACAAGCAGAUAGAAGAGCUGCAGCAGGAGUGUCGCUUGCUGCAGGCGCAUCUGCUGCAGCAGGCGGCGCGCGAGCAGGACAAGCAGCAACAGCUGCAGCGUGACCUGCAGAAGGCAUUGCGUGAUCUCGAGGCUGCCCGGGAGGAAAUGGGGGUGCUGCGGUGCCAGCCUAAUCACCAUCCCCAUCAACCCCCGGAAACCUCCCAAGCCCCGGAUUCCCAAGGCAGGAAAAGCAGAAGGACCCGGUUCCAGCCAGGGCCUGAAGACCAGGCAUCUCUACAGUCCAGCAGAGACAAACAGGAGGAGGACGCCUCUCUGCUAGAGAGCCCACUUGCCCUCGGGGAGCCAGCCAGUGCCCCUCAAGGGCCAGACAGAGUCCCAGCCAGCCAGCCUCUGGACUGCAGACCCCAGGCCAAGAAAACCAGCUCCCAGUCCAACUCCUCCUCUGAGGUGGAAUCGGUGUGGGCCACCGUGCCCUCUUGCCUUACUCUGGACAUGGACACGGCCAGUGAGGUGGAGGAUCUGGAUCCUGACAGUGCGUCCUUGACCCUGGAAGUGGGGGACUCAGAGGCCCCCGCCGCCCCCAAGCUCAAAAUCUUCCUGGUUCGAUAUAGCUACAACCCAUUUGAGGGACCCAAUGAGCACCCCGAGAGUGAGCUGCCCCUCACGGCUGGCGAGUAUGUAUAUAUCUUCGGUGAGAUGGAUGAGGACGGCUUCUAUGAAGGGGAGCUUGAGGAUGGCCGGCGGGGCCUGGUGCCCUCCAACCUGGUGGUGCAGAUUCCAGACAAUGACAUCCUUGGCUGCCUGCCCCCAGAGUCCUUGGACCCUGGCCCCACUCAGCUCCCAGCCGGACAGGGCAAAACUUCAAAGGAAGACAUUAGUCACAGCUUAUUGCCUGGGGAAGCUCAGGGGGCUGUGGACAGGGAGACGUGCCAGAUGGUGAGGGCGGCCUCCAAGACAGAAGUGGCCAUGGAGACCUCAGACGCCAAGACGGAAGAUGGCUGGCUGGGCUCACGGCAGAGUGUGGAGGAGCAGGGCUUCUCCAGACCCCUUCUAGGGCCCAAAGGGGUCCCUUGUGUCGCCCCCAAAGAACUACGCCUGCAGAACGUUGUGGCCACAUCGGCCAAGAUCGUCUGGGUCUACAGCAGCUGCUGCCGCCCACACGUGGUGUAUCUCAAUGACCAGAAGCAUGCCCUGACCCCAGCCGGUGUGAGCAGCUACACCUUCCACAACCUGCAUCCCAGCACCCGGUACCAGGUGCAGGUGGAGGUGCAGCUGCCGUGGGACUCCAUGCAGGUGCGCUGGGAAACCAUGUCCUCCACUCUCACCUUUGACACGCCCUUGGCAGGACCCCCUGACCCUCCACUGGACGUGCUGGUAGAGCGUCACACCUUACCAGGCCUCCUGGUGGUCAGCUGGCUCCCCGUGACGAUCGACUUGGCCGGGUUCUCCAAUGGAGUCCGGGUCACUGGCUAUGCCGUGUAUGCCGAUGGGCUCAAGGUUGCCGAGGUCACCGAUGCCACCGCUGGCAGCACCCUGUUGGAGUUGUCCCGGCUCCAGCUGCCCCUGAUGUGCCAGAAGGUCUCGGUGAGAACCAUUUCGCUUUGUGGCGAGUCACUGGAUUCGGUGCCGGCCCAGAUCCCCCAGGACUGUUGGAACUGUAACCGAUUGCCAGAGACCUCUCCCUUUACUUACACCCCUGGCGACCAGUCCCCGUCCAGAAUCACCUUCCCCGUCUGCCCUCAGAGGCUGGCGCUGGCUCCACCGAGUGCCAAGGCUAGUUCCCACAUCCCCAGAAGCCGUGGGGGGUCCCUAGAAGCCUUCCCUGAAGAACCCCCGAGGAAGCACUCCCCGCUGCCCAACCUGAGUCCAGAAGGAGAAUGUCCCGGUGCAGGGGCUGGCAGCCAAACCCAGGGGCCUGCGGAGGCCUGGGAGGUCUGCAGAAAAGACCUACUCUUUCAGAAGAGUCCUCGGAACCACAGGCCACCUCUGCACCGUGGCCAAUCUCAGGGGGAGGAAGACCGUGACUGGCACAUGGACACCAGCCAAAGCCCUGCUCUGGGAGUCCUCCAUCUGUCUCCCGAGUUUGCACCCAGGAAAGAAGCCUGUCAGGAAAAGGCUGCCCUCGAGAAGGUCCUUAGGCAAAAGCAAGACGCCCAAGUGUUCACACCUCCCCAGAUAGGCACCCGCCAACGACAUAUGUCUGACUUCCAUGACAUUUUGCAGCAGGAGGAGGAGGCAGCGUGCUUUGGCCCAUGGGCCACAGAGAGGCAAGAGCAGAGAAGGGAGCUUAGGGCACAGAGCAGGCGAGGUCAGGCUCUGUGGGGCGAGAGAGAGAGCCAGCUCCACGAGCCCAGCUCUGCGCCCUGUCCAGCUUCGUCCAGCAAAGUCCUUACGGUGUCCGGGGGAGGCCCCCCACAGCUGGAGGCGGGCCGGGACACCGCGGGCAGGGUCUUUGUGGCGCUCUUUGAUUAUGAGCCCCUGGUGAUGUCUGCCAACCCCGAGGCUGCAGAGGAGGAGCUGGCCUUCCAGAAAGGGCAGUUGCUGAGAGUGUGGGGCUCUCAGGACUCCCACGGCUUCUACCGCGGCGAAUGCAACGGUCAAGUGGGCAACAUCCCUGGGCAUCUGGUGGCUGAGGUGGAGGACGGUAUGGAGAGGACUGAUAGCAGGUGGCAUUUGCCAGUGCAAGGGCACCUGCCCUCUGUGGCCCACCUAGAUGAAGUUGGGGGGCUCACCAUCCCCCAGGACUCCUUUCCCCUGCCCCAAGGGAACCCCAGGGGACCUCCACUGUGCACUCGAAUGACCAUGAUGGCAGCUCUAGACUAUGACCCCAAGGAUGGGUGGGCAGGGGGCCAGGUGAAGGGCAAGCUGUUGCUGAAGGCUGGGGACCUGGUUACAGUCUACGGGCCUGUGGAUGACAGGGGAUUCUAUUAUGGGGAGUCAGGCGGCCACAGAGGUCUUGUCCCAGCCCACCUGCUGGAUUACAUGUCCCUCCAUGAUGAGUGAGCAAGGCUAUCCGAGGGGGUAGUGGCCUCUGGCCGCCCACGCCCCGCCAGAGAAGAAGCAAGCACACAGACCCUUUCGCCAGCACCCCUCCUCGCCUCCAAGAGCACCACUGUGUGAAACCGAUGGCAGCCUUCCGCAUCCGCAGCCUCUGAGAGCAGCAGGGCUUCCGUCUGAACUCAGAUGUUCCCAAAAGAAAACAGGACAAGCAGCCCCUAGAGUGUGACAGGCUGGUCUGGAGUUGUCAGUAACGACGACAGGCAUUCGGAGAAGGGCCUUUCUGUGUUUACUCAGCGUUUUCUUUAAGAGGUGAAUGUUAUCCAUCCAUGGUUAUGUAUGAAAGUCUCAAGGAAAGCUUGCCUCUUAAAAAAAGUGACCAGAAUGUUAGUUUUCUGUCUUAUGUUCA